GGACAAUCCCUUUUGCCUGAUUACAAAAUCUCUUGUUUACUUGUAAUAUGUCGAACGAAAAUUUUGAUCCCAGUUCACUUCCAGAUUUGUUGCCGUUAUACUAUAAAAAACUAUUUCCAUAUGGUCCUUAUUAUAGGUGGCUAAACUAUGGUGGUGGUAAGUAUACCCACUACCCUAAAUGAAAAAUUAACAUUUAAUUUUAGGCAGUAUCCAACACGUCCGGCGAUCGCACAAAUAGUGCGUGAGAUAUUCAUUCCGCGGCCAUGUCACGCUUUAUGUCACCUUUUAACCAUUUGUUCAUUAUAUAUACCAGCAAUAGUUAUAGUAUUUCUUUCGGUAAAUGCAUAGAGAUGUCGCCAUCUUGGUUGACACAAUCAGUUAAUUCUGUCACUAAACCUAACUAAAUGUAUCCCUAAACUAUCAAACCCAACCUGAACCCUAAUUCACUACUUUAAUUUAAUAACGAAGUGUCUACACGUCCGGCGACCGGACGAAUAAUUCUCGAGAUAUUCGUCCGGUGACCAGGUCACGUGACCGCUAAUAGUCGAUAGUAAAACUGGCGUCGGAGAUGGAUGGGUGGGGGGCGAUGAGAAGGAAGAAGUACUGAGAGCGUAAGAGAAAGGAUAAAAAUGAUAGUGAGGGUGAUCAAAAAUUAAGGCGGGGAGGUCGAAAGUUCAUAGAAAAAUAGACCCUACAUCUUAAUAUAUGGCCAAUAUAGUGUGCUGUUGGAUUAGCCUACUUCUCACGCAAUAUUAAUUUAAAAUUAAAUAAAACGUAUUUUACAGUAGAUCUAUUGACAGUCAACUGGCAUGUAGCCUGUUGGUAUUAUACUCUCUCAGGUAUGCAGAUUGAGUUUGCUCAUACAGUGCGAGACCUGGGUGUCUCUUUAGACAGAACACUUACUAUGGAAAAUCAUAUUAACAUGCUUUGCAAGGCAAUUUUCCUAGAGCUGCGCAGAAUUAGUCAUAUCAGACCUUUCUUAACGUUAGAUGCAUCAAAGAGGCUGAUGUCUGCAUUUGUGUUAUCAUGCAUGGACUACUGCAAUGCUCUCAUGGUGGGUCUUCCAGCUAUGCUCCUGGAUAAAAUUCAAAGAGCACAGAAUAAUGCGGCUCGCAUUGUUCUUCGCAAACGCAAAUUCGACCAUGCUAAAACACUUCUGAGAGAGCUGCACUGGCUGCCGGUCAGCGCUCGCAUAGAGUACAAAAUUGGAACUUUGUGCUACCGCUGCUUACAUGACCUGGCGCCAUCUUAUCUCAAAGCACUCAUGAUGCCUUAUGUACCCACUUGAGAGCUCCGCUCAUUCGAUAGUGGCAAAAUAUCGAUACCGUGUGUUCCCCUUGAGACUUACGGAAAGCGCACUUUUGCAUUUGCCGUCCCAACGAUUUGGAACGCCCUUCAAGUCGCUCUCAGAAACAGCCAGACACUUGAGUCCUUUAAAACCGAUUUAAAAACACAUCUUUUUCGCAAACACCUGUUGGGGUGAUGCUAUCUACCAUCUUUUUCAGUUAAUGUAUAUUGGCCUGUGUUGCUUAUGGUUGAAACGGGAUGAAAGACUUGACUUGGUAUGCUCGUAUGUAGUUUUAUAUUGUUGCGUCUGUUUUUUAAAUGUGGUAAAUUUUAGAUUGUUUUUAUUUCUCUUUAUAAUAUGGUUGACUUUGUACCGCGCUUCGAGCUUUUGGGGAUGAAGCGUGUUUUUCAAAUAAACUUUAUUAUUAUUAUUAUUUUGUUUGGUUCAUAUUUAAAAUUUAGGCUAUUAGGUUUAAGAUAUUUAAACCAAGAUAAAAGACUUUGUUUUUUUUUAAAUUUUGCCGGCGACGUCUUGUAUAUGACAUGUCUGCAUUUAAUAAACACGCAAGUGACAUGGCAACAUCUCUAUGCAUUAGCCUAUUCACUGCAACUAUAAUAAACACGCAAAUGACGUCAUGGGUAUGAUUCUCAACAAUAGCCCAUUAGCCUUUCUUUUGUCUAAUAUAUAUUAGCCGGAUGAAUAUCUCGAGAAGUUUAUCGUCUGGUUGCUGGACUUGUAGACACUUCGUUAAUUUUAAAUUUCUUAAUAUUAUGCACUUAACUGUACUAUGACUAUGAAUAAUAUGAUCAUCAUGAAUCAUAUUCAAUUCAUAAUGACUUGAUGAACUUUUACUAUUUAUAGUUAUAGUUAUAGACUUAACUUAAGACAAGACUCAUAAUAGUGAAUCCACCACUGCAAGUAUGACUUUGAAUAUUAUUUUAUCACUGGGAGUAUGACUUUGAAUAUUAUUUUGUUAUCAUAUGUUCUGCACUCUAAUGUUUCCUUGAUAUGAUACUAAGAUAUUAGUUUGAGUAUGAUAAUUAGAGGGUGUGGCAUUUGAGUCACAGAGUGCUGUCAUCAUAAUAGGGUCAUAAGGCUAGGGACAUAGCUGUUUGACUGUUUCAGUGCCCAUACUAUUGAUUGUAUAGAUGGCGAUUGAAGUACACCCAGGCUGGGGCCCCUUGUGGACUGUGGGCCAAAACUAAAGGGAUUGAACAUAUAUAAUCUUAUAUUGAAAGUAAUAAAGAAGAUGAAAUAAAACGUGGAACUAAAUUCUUUAUUAGCUAUUCAGCACAGCCUGCACAUAUCCUAAUUUAACUCAUUGCCACAACUCACUCGAUGCAGUAGGCCUAUCUAAAUUAAAUGCUUUUUUGUGACAUAAGGGCAUUAUCAACUUUAAAUAAAAACAAUUUACUAAUUGAAUGAAGAAUUUUAAACAAAUUAUCUUAAUAGCUUUAAAUAUAGAUAUUAUAUUAUUGAGAGACAUUACUAUAUAGUUAUAAUUCAAAAUUUUCAAAAUUCAUAGCAUUUUAUAGAUUAACUCCCAAUCCUAAAUACACAAAAAUUAAUCCUUGUAUUUGUAUUAUGAAUUUCUGGGAGCCUUCGGAGCCCUUGAACCCCCCUUUAGUGCAUAGGACAAAGACAGCACUAUUCGUUAUUUCCAGGUUUCACUGUACCAAAAAGAACUAAAUGUAUUUAGGGGUGGGGGCGGGGUGUUGUUUGUGUGUUGAAUUCAAAGUCUGCCUCAAUAGGCACAAUGUCUCCCUACGCCAUUGCUAAUAGACUUACUCUUAACAGUAAUAACAGGCCUGUAAACUAUUAACUAGUUUAAAUAUUUGACAUUUAGGCUACAAAAACAAGUUAUUUAUUUCUUACAGGUACUAAUCUCGGCAUUUGAAAAAUGGAAAUAUGUGGUCACUGACUGCUAUGAAAAUCUAUUCCAGAGCUUGUGAAAUAACAACCACUAGGCCCUAGUCUAGUUUAGGCCUAUACAUUAAUUGAUCCAUUAUUAGGCCUAUUUUUUUAAAAAUCCAAUAAGUUAAUAAGAUAAUUAUCCAUAUAAUAGUAUAUAAUAAUAUAGGCAUAUGAAAUGAUUAAAUGCCGUUAUCAUUAGUUAGUCAUUGACAUUAGGCAUAUAUUUAGGCCUACUAAAGCCUACUAGUGCCUAUAAAGGACUAUCCCCAGUUGUCAUUGUGAUUGUCACGCACACUGUGCAAAGUACAUUUGCUGCACAUAUCCUUUUUAAAGUUUGUGUGCACAAAGCAAGUGACUACUAUUACUAUUAUGACCCUAAUGAAAGUAUCUUAAGUGAGGGUGACGGCUGUAUUAUUACGUUGAUUGUGGUAGAAAUAUAUAACUUAAUAUAGUUUGUAAAGUUGUUUUACUCUUAUUGCAUUUUCUUACUAGCGCACUAAAUCUAAUGAAGUAAAGAAUUUAACAAACCUUUGAAAUGUCCUUGUAACUUUAUGCUAAUACCGUCCUAUAGUCCCUGACUAAAUAUUUAUUUUGCAGUGAAAAUCAUUUCAUUUACUUAAUCAUAAUUUCUUUAUUUAAAUUAAUUGACUUUUCUUACUGCUUUAAUCCUAAAUUAAAUAUUUUAGGAGACCAUUUAGUGUGGACAAAAUAUUUUACAAUUCAAGUCUACUAAUAAAAUGUUCAAAAAAAUCCUGCCAUUUGGCUGGCAUUGCCUCAAAAAUUGUUAACUUGGUCUUUUCAGUUCCAAAAAACUACUUCAAUCAGAGAGAGUUUUCUUUUACUUUGCAAGAUGAUGUGUACUUACGCUACCAAUCCUUUUCUGAUCAACAAGACUUUGAGAAAGAGCUUCAGAAAAAGUGUCCUCAUAAAAUUGAUAUUGGUGCUGUUUAUUCUCAUAGGGUAUUUUCAUUUAUGGAAUGUUUAUUGUCUUUGUGUUUACUAAGUGAGUUUACUGUAUGGUUUGCACCAGGUCAGCAAAAUCAGUAAAUGUUGCCUCCUAUCACUUUGAAAAUGGACUUAAAAACAUCAGUUAGAGUGGAGAGUCACACAAAAAAUAAAGUAUGCAAUGUUCAUUUUUGGACAUAAUUGUAAUUUUAACCCAUGUGAAUAUUUUUAAUACGAUAUUUUAUAAUUCGGGGGCCCAUAAUGGUAAUAGUUAUUUCAUAACAUAAUUAUUUAAAUACGGUAACUCUAAUUUUAUUUGUAAAAUAACAGCCAAAAGACCACAAGACAAUCAAGUCUACAGCUUUCCAAGCUCAAGAAAAGGAACUUGUGUUUGAUAUCGAUAUGACUGAUUAUGAUGAUGUUCGAUCGUGUUGUUCGUAAGUGGUCAUCUAGAAAUUACAUUUCUAUUUUCCAAACUUUAUGCAUGUUUCUUUAUUUGAAUAUUUGUUGUUUUUUUUUACUUUUUAUAUUUAUACUUAUAUUUAUAGAUUUUCAUACAAGGGUAUGUAACUGUAGCAAAGAAUAUUUGUUUUUUUAAUUUUUAUAUUUGUACUUUUAUUUAUAGAAUGUAAUUAAAAUUCAUACGUUAAAUAUUAUUAUUAAAGAGGCUUGUGGACUGUAUACCCGGUAUCCAUUUGCACAAAGAAUCUUAUUUUUUGCAUUAUUUGGUAUAGCAUCCAAAAUACCAGUGCCCAAGAGGAAAUGAUAUCAAACUCCAAUAGCAUUUAUAUUGACACACUUCAAACUUUCAUUGUAACCUUCAAUAAUUUAAUUGAAGACGUGUACCUUAUCAAACAUCACUUAUUUUAUAAACACAUAUUAAUUAUAGUACUGGUGUUAAAUAUUUUUAUUGUCUUUCUAAUUGUAGCACCAGUAUUUUUAGUUAAUUGUAGGGUGUUGAAUUUUUUUUGAAUUUCAUUGUUUAUAUCAAGAUUUCACAUUUCUCAACAGAGGAGCAGAUAUGUGUUCAAAAUGUUGGCCUCUUAUGGUUAUAGCUGUGAAAAUUCUGGAUAGAGCUCUUAGGGGUUGGUAAUUAUUUGUUGAAAUAUAUAAUUAUUUCUUAGAUUUCCUAAAUUUAUAAAUAAUGGAAGUACUUGUUAAAAGAUGAAAAGUUCUACAUACUAUAAACAUUAGAGGCUGAAAGUUCAUGAAUCUAUUGAAAACUUAAGUUUAAGGAAAGGGUUUGUUCUUUUGUUAAUGGAAUGCUCAAGUCUGGUAUUGUCAUAGUUUUACUGUAAUAGGGAGAUAACUCGACAUCAACAGUAGUUGGUCAGUUGUUAUCACUUGUUAAAAGAACAAGAGAGCCCAAUUCAAUCUGUUCUGUUUUGGGUACACAGGGAUGAUUUGGGGAGAGGGGGAGGGGGCUGUUACUGUCAGUCAAAAGAACAAGAGAUCCCAGUUCUAACAUUGUUAACGUCAGUUCUUAUCACUGGUUGAAAGGACAAAUGAGCCCAAUUCUACCUGCUCACUUUUUUAAAUAGAUGAAUAACAGAAAAAUAUUCCUGCCAAUCUUUUAUAAAAAAGAAAAACUAACUAAAAAUAAAAUGAUUUUUAUUAAAGAUGAUUUUGGUUUCCAACACUUGCUUUGGGUAUACUCUGGUCGCCGUGGCAUCCACUGCUGGGUUUGUGAUGAAUCUGCUCGCAAAUUAACAGCUCUAGGGAGGUCAGCAAUAGCUGAAUACUUGACAUUAGUGAAGGUUGGUUAUCUUAGGUUUAACAAUAAUUAAGUCCUCCCCCCCUCCCCCCCCCCGCGCAAGAUCUUAUUUAAUAUUUACACUGAAAUCCAUUUAUAUCCUUAUCACUGUUUAUAUUAUUUUUAGAUAUCUUCUUCUAUAUCUUAAGGUAUACUUGACAUUAGUGAAUGUUGGUUAUCUUAAGUUUAACAAUAAUUAAUUCCCUCCCCCCUCCCCCCCCCCCGCGCAAGAUCUUAUUUAAUAUUUACACUGAAAUCCAUUUAUAUCCUUAUCACUGUUUAUAUUAUUUUUAGAUAUCUUCUUCUAUAUCUUAAGGGCCCACGAUCAAUUUAUUGAUCAUUUUGGCUCCUAUGCAUGUAGAUGGGAUUUGCAAUGUUUCUGUUACUGGUGGUGAUGAGGAAAUCAUGUAUCUCUAUAACUUAUAAUAUACGCAUUAUAUUUACAAGGUGUUAAAAUAAAAAUAUUUCGGAAGAUUACUUUUUAACAAAAAACAAAAUUUCAUAUAUUGUAACACUUUUUGUUAUGAACUGUAAGAAGUGCUUGCAAUACAUUAAAUGGGUGUUUAAAUUAUUAUUGUUUAAGAAGUGUCAUGAUUUUUCCUAACAUAUAAAUACACUUUUAUUACUAUUAGCUUUGUUUUCACUAUUUGCUUAAUCCUUUGUAAAGUUCAAGUCUAGGUUAUAAAUGCCUCCUUUUUUUCAGGGUGGAGAAAAUACAACAAGAAAAGUGACAUUACCUGACAAGCUCCAUCCAUCUAUCAGGUGAUUAUACUAAACUUUCUAAUCUUGUUUUUCUUUUCUUUCAGUAUAUAGUUCUAUUCCAACUUUUUAUUUGUUCCAUAGGCUUAUGUCUAAAACAUUAAUUGACAAUGGGCAUUUACAGAAAACCCCAAUUGUUGAGAUAAGACAUCAAAUCGAUUAUAAAAUGAAUUUAAACAACAACAAAAAAUUAUUGAACUGUUUUUAAAAAGAAUAAUUUUUAACUUAUCAGUAUAUUGUACCGGUACAGUAUAGAUAUGUUCAAUGCUUUUUGCAAGAUAUGCUUUUAAUCUUAAUGUAAGAAAUUUAAUUUGGUAUUUCCAAAAUUGAUCAUAUUUCUUUAAUCUUUUAUUUUUACAUGUGUGGCCACAAAGGCAUUAUAUUGCCACUUCGUCUUGAAAUUUAUUAUAUACUGAAAGUGGUACCGUAUUUAAAAAGUAAUUGGUUUUAAAAUGUACAAGAUUACAUUUUUUGUACACAAUUGUAUUUCAAAUGCCAUUUAUUGCAAAUAUCUUGUUUUUAAAUAGUUUAUAUAUAAUGAAAACAGUCCUAAAAGUUAUGAUACUUUAAAUUCCAUUUAUUAGGUCCAAAUUACCAUUUUGUCAUAGAUUUCUAUAAUUUUUUUAAUGCUUUUCUGUAAUGAUGAUCUUACAGACAGGCACUGGAAAUCAUUAACAACACUUUCUUUGACUAUUUGGUAAAGAAACAGGACAUGCUGGAUUGUGAAGAAAAAUGGAGGAAAGUCUUGUCCAUUAUCCCCUCGGAAAAUAUCCUUUUUAUAGAAAAUACAGAAUAUUGUGGUAAAGAACUAGCAAUAAAAGAAUUAAGAAAUUUACACAGGGAUUUGAUGUUUCAAAUUUAUUUGCAAAUUUUUGCAUGGCACCCUAGCGAAUCAUUAAUCAUAACAAUUCUAACAUUGAAAUGAGUGAUAGGUGAAACAUCUUUUCUUACCUCACCUAAUCAAAAUUAGGCGGAAGAUUUAUGAAUACUUAAUAUGUUGUUAUUCUUGGAGAAUGAAGGAUUUUGUUUAACAUCAAGCACAUGUCAUAAAGCCUUGAUCUUGAGAUAAAAAUUAAAUUACGGGAUGCCAUUGAUCUUGAAGAUUUUCAAUAUACUAUUUCAUACUGAGAUCAAUGAAUUACAAGUUAACUUGUCAGGAAUAAGACUAAUUUUUUAUUUAUUUGAAAUAUUUUUAUACAUUUUGUUUAUCCAUCAUCCACAAUGAAAAACUACAUACAUUGUUAGAAUGUUGAGUAAGAGUUCAAGUUUGAAAAAAAAAACUCUUUAACCAAGUUUUACAUGUCAGGAAAUAUUUGUCAGAUGAUUUCACUGGAAAAUUUGGGAAAGACACUGCCAGCCGUUGGGGGAUUUUAAAGAAAAGAUUGACAGAGGCCAGGCAGGUGAGUCAAGAAAUUCUAGUGCACACCACAGGGCCUGAUAUACCAUAUUAUACCUAAGAUAAAAUUAAUAUAAGUACAACUUCCUUGAGUUACUUAAGAGUAAUAAGAGACAAUCUUAAAUUAUAUUGUAUUAUGCUUUUCCCCAGUAAAACGUGUUUGAGAUUGACUGCUAAAAUGCAUUGCAUUUACAGUUUUUUUAAAAUGAAUGGGUGAUCUAUGUAAUUAAAUUCAUAAAUGUCAUUCACUUUUGAGGCUAGAACUAACUUAAAGGCUAAAAGAAACACAUCCAUACACCAACAUUAGGUUUAAAAAAAAAAGAAAAAAAGUAUGUCACUAAAUUUUUACUUUCAUGUUUUGAAAUAACCACUCUAAUAAUAACAAACUAUAGUAGAAUAUUUUUUAUUGGUUAAAAGGUUUAUGUUCAAUACUUAUUCAGGGUGGGCCAAUAAAAGUGAGAACAUUUCGUAGCGUAAUAUUUUACGAGAUGUUCUCACUUUUAUUGGCCCACCCUGUAAGUAUAAGGAAAUAAAUAAUAAUAUGUUCCCAUAAAAAUUAAAUCGAAAUGUGAAUAAAAUUAAAAUGUCCAUCAAAAAUUUGGUGGUUCUUCCACACUUGCUCCUUGUUUAACUAAACUUGAGAUAAUAGUUGCUGCUGUCAAACUUAACAUUUAUCUUUUUGUUGGAGCUUUUGGCAUUUUUCUCCUUCAUCUUUAUCAGGUAUUUGUGCAAAUUAUCUUAAAGUGGUGAUAGUCAAUUUAUUUGUGGGCCUUUUCUUCCCAACACUUUCAUUUUUUUUUACUCAGCAAAAAUCAUCCAAAGGAUUCCUCAGCUGUGUUUGGCAGAACUGCUCAUGGGCGGCAGUAACCCAUUUCUGCCUUACUCUGCACUGGCAGAACUGCUCAUGGGCGGCAGUAACCCAUUUCUGCCUUACUCUGCACUGGCAGAACUGCUCAUGGGCGGCAGUAACCGACUUCUGCCUUACUCUACACUUAAAUGUAACAUUUCUUCAUCUUACAUUAUAUCUUCAUGUUAGAUUUUUUUCCCCACAGUUGGACAUGGUGAAGCCAUAUGUAGAGGAAGAAAUCAAACUUCAACUUUGCUACCCCAGGCUUGAUGUUAAUGUCAGUAAAGGCAUCAACCACUUGCUGAAAAGUCCUUUUUGUAUUCACCCCAAAACAGGUAAACAUGGUUGCAGAGUAAUUUCUGAUUUUAUCAAAGUAAAUAAUUAAUUUAAAACAAGGCUUUAGUUGUGUUGAUUAUAAUUUACUUUCUUUUUGCUUGCAGUCGGGAAAUGUUUGUGUAAUCCAAUGCAAUUACAAAAUAAUUCAUAAAUCCUAAAUUACCAACCACUUUAAAUGUCACUUUUAUAUCUCUCUGGAUUGACUAACAUCAUUUUGUUCUCUUCUUUCAAUAAGACUGACUAAAAGACAUCUUCACUUAUUAUUUAAAAUCUCAUCAGGCCGUGUGUGUGUUCCAAUGGACUCAAAGGCUAUUGAUGAUUUUGACCCAGCUAAAGUGCCCACAAUCAGGUAUCUUCAAUGCAUAUUUAGAACCCUGAAUAUAAUAAUGUUACAAAGUGAUAUUUAAAGUUAACAUAAAAUCAAACAUUUUUGUUUACAGAAAAUUGUAAAUUAAAACUAUUUAUAUCUAUUAUAAUCUUCUUAUUUGUUACAUUUAAAAAAUCCGCCUCACUACAUUUCUUAGUCUUAAUUUGAUAAAAAAUAAUCUAAGCUAAUCAUUAUCCUUUUCAGUGGCCUGUUAGAUGAGUUAGACAAAGUUGAGUUGGCAGAGGAUGAUCAAGGGAAGAAGUUCAGAGGUAAUUUCAUUUCUUAAUUUAUUCAAAUUUAGCACCUUUACUUCAUCAUGAAAUCUACUAUAAAAGAAUUUUUUGUCUAGCUGUCAUAGUAUCUGAAUAUAUAAAUUCUUAUAAAAAUUUGUUAUUUCAUUAUUCUUAAAACCUUCAGCUUAUAAAAUUUGACUUAAUGUUGUUUGUCAAAAUAGAUUACAAGAAGACUGGUCUUGGGCCUUACUUAGACACAUUUGAGACAUUCCUCAAAGGUCUGGAAACUUCCAGGAAAGGAAAAAUGAUUGAACAGAGUGGUCAGUUCUCAUUUAAUUAUCUAUGA